UUACAACAACGUCAUGCUGAAUGGAUUAUCAAAUAUAUUGACGAUAAUUCAGCAGCAGUACUUGAACAAAUUAGAUUCGACCUUUGUAAGAAAUUCAAAGACGAGAGUUUUACUGUAAGUCGAUCUGCACUUCACAUAUUCAUGCGAACUGUUUGUGUUCUUUCGACGAAA